CUUAGGAGAGGAGGCUCUGAAGUAAUGUUACCCACGGAGACCAGUUUGACCGAUCAACUCAUUUCACUUUCUCGGUAAUCUCCAAAUGUAUAGCAGCUAUUGUCAUUUUAUUACUAAACACGUGAUUUACCACAAAGACAUCAGACCAGGGUAGUCUGAUAUGCUGGAAUCCACUUGUUACGUGUUUGGCUAAGAAAUCAGGUUAUUUCCUCAAAGAGCUACUCUUGACUUGCAUGCUAGAACAGAAGGUCUGAUCAGAACCGUCCUUUUCCAGUUCUUCAACUGACAAGACAAUGGCAGGUAUGAUGGGAGGGUCUGGUGAUCUGAGGAUUGUUCUGGUGGGUAAGACAGGAGCUGGGAAGAGCAGCACAGCCAACACCAUUCUGGGUGAGAACCUGUUCAGAACAUCAUGUGGUGCAAACUCUGAUACCGCUACAUGUAAGGCUGCAACCAACACUGUUGAUGGGAGGAAAAUCACUGUGGUUGACACACCAGGGUGUUUUUCUACUGAGUGCCCUGAUGAAAAGCUAAAACCUGAAAUAACCAGGUGCAUCGUAGAGUGUUCCCCUGGACCUCACGCUUUUCUUAUCGUGCUGCCUGUGAGGAGAUACACAGAAGAGGAGAAGAAAGCAGUGGAUGAGAUUGUGAAAAUGUUUGGGGAGGAGGCUCUGAAAUACGUUGUUGUCCUGUUUACCAAUGGAGCCCAACUUGACAACAAUGUGACCAUCCGCAAGUUUGUGGAUGAAAAUGACUGCCUGAAAACACUUGUCCAAAAGUGUGGAGACCGGCUUCAUGUCAUCGAUAACAUAUACUGGAACAAUCCCACUGAAGGCCACGAUGAUGAGAGAAGCAACACCGCUCAAAUCAAGAAGCUGCUGAACACGAUUGAUCAGAUGGUGAAACAGAACAGAGGCCAGCACUAUACUAAUGAGAUGCUCCAAGCUGCAGCACAGGCCAUUGAAGAGGAAAUGGUCAACAUAAGGGAAGAAACUGGAGGACAGUUAUCUGCGAGCACUCUCAUAGAACGGGCAAGAGAGAAAAUACAAAGGGUUUUUAACGAGCUAGAUGUGCCAGCAGUGUUUCUGGGGAGACAGUCCAAGGACAAGCAGCAGGCUAACUGGAGUCUGUAA